AUGAAGUCCUUUUAUAAAAAUGAAGAGGAAACAGAGAAGCCUUCAGUUUCACCAUCAACAGCUGUGGGAGUGGCCUGUGAAUUGGACACCAACCUGAUUGUAGGCCAGGCAUUGCCUGUCACUUUGCUGAAGGUACAGGAGGAUUACACUGUCUACGUCCAACCAGCCUCUGAGGAUGUAGAGUUGAAGAGCCUCGAGUUGCAGCCGGGUCAAGGUGUCAAGUGUGUAUUGAGCAAUGUCAAAGAAACAGCAACUGACGAACAACGGCAAGCCUUCACUCAGCUACCUGCUGACACAUAUGUCAUCAUGCUGGUCGACGCAGUACAGAGUGAAGGAUUGCAAGUGACACUGUUUGACGGCGAAGGGCAGCUACUUGACCUUCAAGAGAAUGAGGUGCAGUCAGUAGAGAAGGUCUGUCCCAUGCCCAUCCUCAACAUGCAUCAAAAGGUCAGGAUCGCACAUGUCAGUGAAGACGGCAUCUUUUUGCACAAAAUCGCAUAUGCUGAUCUUCUAGCAGAUUUACUCCAGAAGCUUUAUGAAUUUUACAAUGACUCUGAACCUGUCGAACAAGAAUGGAAUAAUGGUAACCUCUGCUGUGCUAAAUCAGUUGCCGAUGAACAAUGGUACAGAGCUAAAAUAUUGGAAACUGGAGAAGAAACUAAAGUUCAGUAUGUUGACUAUGGAAACACUGAAGUUAUUCCUUCCUCCCAUCUGCGACAGCUCGACGCAUCUUUCUACACACCACAUGCUCUCGCUUUGCCCGUGGUUCUUCAUGUGACUUGGUCCGUCCCAGUGGAAACCCUGAUGGAACUAGCAGGAGAAACUGAGUACAACGCUGUCAUUCUGAGGAACAAAACCGGAUGGAUUGUUGAGUUGGUGGACAGUUCAGGACAGAGUUUGACUGAAAAGUUAGUAGAGUUAGGAUUUGUUGUGGCUCUAGAUAACUCACCAUUCAAAAGGGUCGUAGAAGGAGGCAGGUUCGCUGAGGGCUCUGAUAUUCCAGCAGAGACUAUUACAGAUGAAAGCAUAAUAAAGACUGUAUUCUUGAUACAUGUAAAUUCGCCUAAUGAUUUUUUCCUCCAUACAGCAGAAGCUACUCAACUUUUGAAAGUUAUAGAUGAACGACUUGUUGCUGCUAAAGAGUUUCCUCUCCUCAGGAAUGACUCCAUUUCUAAGGGUAAAAUUGUAGCCGCUCAAUUUGAUGAAGACGACUUGUGGUAUCGAGCAAAAAUAAUUGAUCACUCAGAAAAUGAAAUAAAAGUCACUUUUAUUGACUACGGUAACAGUGUAAAAGUAGCUAAAUUAAAAGAGCUUCCUGAUGAUCUAUUGAAGAUUCCUGCUCUAGCAAUGAACUGCGCUUUAGUCAAACCGGGAGAUGGUGAAUGGGACGCAGUAACAAGUGACAUGUUCAACAAACUUGCAAAUGAAGAUGGAGUCUCAUUUGAAUUGAAAAUAAUCUCUGAUGGUGAACCCAAUUUUGUAUCUCUGUAUACAAAUGGCGAGUCAGUUGCUGAACAUUUGAUCGUUGCUAGUAGUAUGUCGCAAGUGGAUGACUCAAACGUAACUGGAGGAAAUGCAGAAAACACCCAGGAUCUACAAAAAGAAGCCGAAAUGCAAGACAUGAUUAUGGAAAGUGUUGAUAAGAAAAUAGCAAACAUAAAACUGGAAGAAGACAUGCAGCAGAUUGUGGAGGAUUUACUUGCAAAUGCACUCAGUUCAAAUUUGGGUGAAUCCUCUGUAGAAACAGAACAAGAAGUAGACAUUGCUGAAAAUAGCCUGGUCAAAAAUGAUGAAAACAACGAAAUCCUGGAAGAUCAGUCUGUUAGUGAGGUAGUUGAAGGAAGCAAACAUGAAGGUGAAAUGCAAGACAUGAUUAUGGAAAGUGUUGAUGCAAAAAUAGAAAACAUGCAACUACAAGAAGACAUGCAGCAGUUUGUGGAGGAUUCACUUGCAAAUGCACUCAGUUCAAAUUUGGGUGAAUCCUCUGUAGAAACAGAACAAGAAGUAGACAGUGCUGAAAGUAGUUUGGUCAAAAAUGAUGAAAACAAAAUCCUGGAUGACCAUUCUGUUAGUGAGGUAGUUGAAGAAAGCAAACAUGCAGCUGAAAUGCAAGAUAUGAUUAUGAAAAGUUUCGAUGCGAAAAUAGAAAACAUGAAACUACAAGAAGACAUGCAGCAUGUAGAUAAUUUUGAAACAGAGAAAGAAGUAGCCAGUGCUGAAAGUCAAAUAAAAAAUAUUGACAACAACAACAUCCAAGGAGUAGACCAGUUUGUAAGUGAGGGGAUUAAAGAAAACAAGCAUGUAACAUUAGAUACGAGUUCUUCAAAUGGUGUUGGUAACGCCCAAGAAGAUGAGGACGGAUCGAUGAAGAAUCCCGAAACUUCUGAUUCCGUGAAUGAGGCUGAAUCAAAAGCUUGCAAGGAUGUCCAUUGCUGCCAACACAUUUCAAUGCUGUGGGAAGCAGUAAUGGACUUAACUAAGAAGGUGGACGAUAUUCAGAUAAUGUUGGAGCAGAGACAAGGGGAGCAACUCUCUAUCCCCCACCCCCAGAACACCUUAGAGGGAUAUUGCCCAACUGAAAGUCUAGGCCUACCUCUCAAGACAGAAGAGGAGUUCCUCGAAUUUGAGGAGAAACUCAAUAACUUAAUAUUCCGUCAAAAAGUUACCAGGAUGCUGCUUACCUUAAAUGGUAAUAAUGUUAAAAGUCUGGCAGCAAACAUUUUACGAAAAAUAUUAUCAGACGAUGUGGCAGAGACUUUUUCUCUGACAGGAAGAACCAUUAGUGGCAAUAAUAAAAAAGUCUUUGCCACAACAAGUAUCUAUGCAAUAGUUGGCGAAAUUUGUUUUAAAAAGUAUGACAAUUGCAAGGAGAAAGAAGUGAGGGAGUGUGUCAGUGACUGGCUCACACAAGCGAAAUUUAGAAAACAAAGAAGAGAGAAGAGAGCCAGCGCUGUAUAAUUUCCUGUAAAACCAUCCCAGUCAGCACAAGAGUUAUUAUAUACAUGGGUCAUUCUCAAAUAUCGGGCACAUUUCAACAAAAUAAAAAAAAAUAAAAUUUUUUCUUAAAAAUAUAUGUUUUAUAUAUUUUUGUACUGUUAAGUUAAAGAACAU